UAACUGAAGUUGCCCAGCUCAGUUGCUCAGCGGCAGUUGAAAGCGUCGGUUCGUGGAUCAGCGAUCGUGGAUCGUGAGUUUUGGCCCGCCGCCGCUAGCCAAGGUUAAUUAGCCAAGAUCCGAGAUUCGAGACUCGAGAUUUAAGAUUUCAGAUUCGAAAUCACUUAGAGAGAGAGAGAGAGAGAGAUGUCGUUUUUCCGCAACAUACGCUCCUCCCUAUCCUCGUCGUCACGGGCCAAGAGCUCCCGCUCCUCCUCCCGCGACACCACGCCGGUCCGCUCCGGAUCUCGUCCAGCCAGCGUGAUCAGUGGCGUGGGUUCCGUGGGCAUUGCCAGCCGCCGGGACUCCACCACCAGCUCGACUUUGCAGCGCGGUGACACAUUCAUUCUCCCCAAUUCCGAAGAGGAGGCGGGUCCUCCAUCGAACACCUCCACGCUGGAGAAGAAGUCCAAGAAGUCGAAGGUCUUUAGCAAGUUCAGCACCUUCACCAAGCGCAAGAAGACCCCAUCACCCGAGGAAGUGGCCAACUAUGAGCACCAUCCCAGUGACACGGCCACAAACACCUACUACAAGUGGCGCAGCGAUGGAGCCGAUCGUCUGCAGGACUACGAUGCCCAGUCGGAUCCCUUUAACUUCCUGUACGAACAGCACUCCAAUUUGAGGAAUCUGCAAUCGGGUGAAUCCACGGGUAUCCAUCGACAGGCCAGCAUUGGUUCCAAUUCCAGUGGUAGCUUUGAUUCAUCCACCUAUCGGAAGAGCAAAACACCCACACAUUUGCGAGAGCAGCUGGAGCAGUUGAAGACCCACUCGAACGACGAUCUUCUGGAGGAUCAGCAGCGGGAGGAGGACGAGCGUGAGAAGUACAAGACAGUGACGCUGAAUAGCUUUAGGAAAUCCUUCAGAGAUCGCCUGCUGCAGCAGCAGAAGGAGACCCCCCACAAUCCCGCCUGGUUUGUGGAAGUUCCCGCCCCGGCCGCGUCCACAAAACCCUUGGAACGUCGCGAGUCCAAGGAGAAUCGUCCGGACUUUCUGGUCUUCGACAACGACAACUACCGUCCCCAGUCGCGUUCCCCGCUGCGGGAUCGUCCCUCCCGUUCGGCCACCCGUUCGCCAGUGAAACGGAACGAGACUUUCCGGGUGGCCCAGCCCUCAGUGCGUCACAUGUCACCCUCGCCGGCGCCCCCACCUGCCCCCUCCAUACGCAUCGAGAUCAAGAACUCCAUAUCGCCACACUCACCGGGUAGACUGGUGCCUGUGGGCGUGGCUAAGCCGAUGCCCACCACAGAGUACUAUGCCCAAAGACUGCUGGCCAACAGAAGCACAAGCUUGCGGAGUUCCAGUCCAAGCCAAGGUCAGAGUUCCCGGUGGUACCGCCAGCCAGGGUCACCCACUAGGUUAAGUGUGGGUCAGCAGCAGCAGCAGCAGCAGAACAGUCACUUUAGCUAUCACUUUAAGCAGCAGCAAAACCCCCAGCCUAAGCCUUACCAGCAAAACCCUCACCUCCAGCAGCAGCAAAAGGGUGGUCGCACCCUGGUGCACAUAGGCUCGGAACAGAGCAAGUCAGUGACGCCGCCAACCCGAGGAAGGGCACCCACAAGGGUCCAGCUGUAUGGCAGCAAGCCCCAGAGUCGACCGCAGCCAACGACCUACUUUGGCGGCCACUACAAUGCACCUGUUAAGCCCAUGCCCCGGGCAUCUGCAUCUUCCACCGGCAUUCCCACUAUCUAUUUGGGGCGUCGCGAACCACCGAUGACUCGUGCCACCACCAACACCACCGCCCACAUUGCCGCCCCCGUGCCACGUCGCAAUCGAUCGCCGAUCAAAAUGCCCUGGCGGUAGGCGGUAGGCGUUAACCGAAUGUAUACACACAUCAUAAGCUAUAUCGCAAAUGGAGAGUGGAGAAUCAAGAAUGAGUGUGGCUCUCAUAUAUAGCAGUUCUUUCCAAAGUGACAAAGUCGAUGAUAUUGCGUCAUUAUCAGAGCUGGGAGCGCAGCUUAGCGAACGCUGUUUUUGCCCAUCGAUAAUGGGCAAAUAAAUGAUUUAUGUAUCCAUACAGUUCGUAUCGUGUGUUGUGAAUUUUUUGUACGUAAAAUUAUUGUUAAGUAAAUAAUAAAAAAAA